UUUGUGGUACAGCUUGCGCCAUCUGCGGGGAAUUAUUCUGAGUUGAAGCAUGCACAGCAUGUGCGAUUUACAUUCGUAACCUACAAGAUAUGUUAUAUUCUUUUAAAAGUUAAAUUAAUUAAUUUAAAAUGCCUGCGAUAUCUAAAAAGAAUAACGUGCUUGUAUAUAAAGGCAGUAAUAAUCUGCGACAACGGCUUACGCUGUCAGUGUUGAGUGGUAAACCUGUACGAAUUAUUGAAAUCCGAACGCUUUCUGAUGAACCAGGGCUUAAAGAAUAUGAAGUCAGUUUGGUGAGGCUUCUGGAUAAGUUAACAAAUGGUACUAAUAUUGAACUGAAUGAGACUGGUACAGUUCUUUAUUUUCAACCUGGGUUGCUGCAUGGAGGCAAUAUUGAACAUGAUUGCAAUCAACAGAGAAGUAUAGGAUAUUACUUGGAAAUGUUGCUCAUGCUUGGCCUAUUCUGCAAAGUACCCCUAAAUGCAACCCUCAGAGGAGUAACAGCCAAUAAUAUCGACCCAUCAGUCGAUCAUGUCAAGAUGUCGAUGAUUUCCACUUUAAAAAAGUUUAUUUUAGAGGAUGAGGACUUGGAUUUAAAGAUUACUAAACGAGGUAUGCCACCACUUGGAGGUGGUGAAGUAAUCCUAAAAUGUCCCAUCAGAAAAGCUGUACGACCCCUGCAACUCCUAGAAUCCGGUAUGGUAAAACGUAUAAGAGGAACCGCGUACGCAUUAAGAAUAUCACCUGCUAUUGCAAACCGAAUGGUUGAUACUGCAAAAGGUGUGCUGCUAAAAUUUCUACCAGAUGUUUACAUUAAUACAGAUCAAUGUAGAGGCAAAACCGGUAAAAGUCCCGGAUUUGGUAUUAAUUUAUAUGCGGAAACAACCGAAGGGAUUUUUUAUUCUGCUGAACAGGUGAGCAAAACUGAAUUAAACGGCGAAGACCCCUCAAUUCCUGAAGAUAUUGGAACGGCUGCAGCCCAUCGUUUACUGCAGGAAAUUUAUUUAGGCGGUUGUACAGAUUCGUGUAGUCAAGCUUUAGCGCUGUUAUCAAUGGCGUUGGGUCAAAAAGAUGUGUCGAAAAUAAUCUUAGGUCCUCUAACAGGGUACACGAUAAAUUUCCUGCAACAUUUGCAUGAAUUCUUUGGGAUUACAUUUAAAAUUGAGCCAGUGGAGCAGGACGAUGAUGAAAUUGUGGCUGGUGCUAACAAAGUAAGUUUGACGUGCGUAGGAAUUGGUUAUACAAAUCUUAGUAAAAGGACAAUUUAGUGUCUUUACAUUUAAUUAAAUUUAUUUGACAAAAAACUAAAGUUUUAUGAUUUUAUUUAUAUAAAAAGUGAUUUUCUUUGAUUUUUAAACAAAAUUGUUUCAAAAGUAUCUUAAAAGGGUUAUAACAUGGUAACUUCAUAAUCCAAACGUUUUGGUGCGCUUUUUAACGUUUAGAGGUUAUUCUUUUCAAAUAUUUUAAAGUUUAUUUGAAAAUUCUCAUCAAGAGUGCUUUUUGUAGUUCUAUGAUAUUUUUGCUGAUUAUAUACAUUAUUCAAAA